AGAUCGCGUUUUGCAUCAUUUCUUCAUUCCAUGCAUGACCUCUGUUUCUGAUAAACAUGAACACCAUAACGGCUCUACAAUUCUACAUCGAUAAGAUGCUGGAUGAUACGUCCGGCAUGAAGGUUUUACUCCUGGAUCAGGAAACGACACCCAUCAUUUCAAUGGUUGCAACGCAGUCCCGCCUACUUCAAAAGGAAACAUACCUUGUAGACCGUAUCGAAAACAACGCUCGAGACAAGAUGCGUCAUUUGAAAUGUAUCUGCUUUCUCAGACCAACCGCUGACUCCAUUGAGAAGUUGAUCAAGGAGCUUAGAGAUCCAUGCUACGGAGAUUAUUAUCUUUAUUUCAGCAAUCGCCUUAAAAAGACGGCCAUAGAGCAGCUCGCCGAGAUGGAUGAACAUGAAGUGGUGCGCGAAGUUCAGGAAUACUAUGCGGAUUAUUAUGCCAUCAAUCCGGACUGUUUUUCAAUCAACCUUGACGUACAAAAUAUGCCAUUAUAUGGAGACUCUUUCACAACAUGGGACAACGCUAGUUUCACAAGGACAGUAGAUGGGAUUCUCAGCGUCCUUCUCUCGCUAAAGAAGAAGCCUCUAAUUCGAUACCAAAAGCAAAGUGCCAUGGCUAAGAGACUGGCUACAGAAAUACAGUUUCAAAUUCAGCAAGAAGGGCAACUGUUCGACUUCAGGAAAACUGAUACAUCACCUAUUUUACUCGUUCUGGACCGUAGAAAUGACCCUGUAACCCCGCUUCUCUCGCAAUGGACGUACCAAGCAAUGGUUCAUGAGCUGAUUGGCAUCCGUAAUGGGAGGGUAGAUUUGUCAGGAGUACCUGGUAUUAAACCUGAGUUGAAGGAAAUCGUCCUUUCAUGUGAUCAGGAUUCUUAUUUCCAGAAAAACAUGUUUCUUAACCUUGGAGACCUAGGAGCCAAUAUCAAGAGUUAUGUGGAUGAAUAUCAGGCUAAAACAAAAUCCAACAUGAACAUCGAAUCGAUUGCAGACAUGAAGCGGUUUGUAGAGGAUUAUCCCGAGUUUCGAAAGCUUUCAGGCAACGUCUCCAAGCAUGUCACGCUGGUAGGAGAACUGAGCCGUCUUGUCAAUCAAGGAAAUGUGUUAGAGGUAUCAGAACUCGAACAGAGUUUAGCCUGUACCGAUUCUCAUAAUAAUGAUCUCAAGAACUUGCAACGGUUAAUCAGUAGCCCUACAGUCAGCGAAGCCAGUAAAAUACGUCUCGUCCAACUCUACUCUUUACGUUACGAGAAGUAUCAAGGAAAUGCUGUUGCUUCUUUGAUUGAUUUACUUUACAAGAAUGGAUUAAGCGAGCGUGAGAUUGCUACGCUAGAUAUAUUAAUGCAGUAUGGAGGAGCCUCUCAUCGUCAAGAUGAUUUAUUUUCGAAUGAAAGCAUUUUGUCGCGUGGGAGAAGUGCCCUCAAAGGACUAAAGGGUGUUGAAAACGUUUACACACAGCAUCAGCCACAACUUGCUCAGAUCCUCGAGCAAUUGCUGAAGAUGCGUUUAAAAGAAGCAGCAUAUCCUUUUGUGGAAAGCACUAGUUCUCGCGAUCGACCACAGGAUAUCAUUGUCUUUAUGGUGGGAGGAGCAACGUAUGAGGAAGCGAGGUUUGUUGCAAUGCUUAACGCCGCUACACCUGGGACGCGUAUCAUUUUAGGGGGAACUACUAUCCAUAACAGCCAGAGUUUCCUUCAAGAGUUAGUCGAAACGCAGAGAAGAAUGCCUAGUCGUGGGUCUGACUCUGUCCGUGGACGACGUACUUAACCCCCUAUCGUCUAGAUUUUUGAACUAUUAAACGCACCACAAAUAUUACUUGAG